UCAGGAUCUGGGCAAUAAGCCGCAAACGAGUGUAUUCACCUUCAACCACGUGACCUGGUACGCAGGCAGUAUGACGAUCACGUACCAAUUCCGGGUGGCGAACACUACCCUGGGUGGCUUUGUAAAGCUGCUGGGGAUGUGGAAGGGGAGUGUGUACAAGCUGGUAUACAAGGAGAUGAUUAUCUUCGCUCUGCUGUAUGCUGCCAUAAGUCUGGUCUACCGGCUAGGGCUUAACGAACAACAACGAUUAAUUUUUGAGAGCAUAGUCCUCCAUUGCAACAACUUCACCAGCUUGAUACCUGUGAGCUUUGUGCUGGGAUUCUACGUCACAAUGGUGGUCGGCAGGUGGUGGCAACAGUUCAUCAACGUGCCAUGGCCCGACAGGACCCUGUACCUGAUGUGCUGCUACCUCCAAGGGAAGGAGGAGAAGCCCCGGAUAAUCCGUAGGACAGUGGCCCGCUACAUGAUGUUUGGCCUCAUUCUGAUAUGUCGUUCCAUCAGCGUGGCUGUUGUGAAGAGGUUUCCCACCCUGGACCACAUAGUCGAGGCAGGGUUCAUUACAAGUGAGGAGGCCCUGUUGUAUGAAAAGGUGGACUGUAAAUAUAACAAGUUCUGGGUACCGCUCAUGUGGGCAAACGCGGUGCUGGCCCAUGCCAGGAAGGAAGGCCACAUCAAAACUGACUGGGGACUACGAAUGGUCAUCGAGGCGAUAGCUGAUUUCCGGGAUCGAUGCUCGCUGUGUUUUGUAUACGACUGGAUAACCAUACCACUGGUUUACACCCAGGUUGUGACUCUUGCAGUCCAUAGCUUCUUCCUGACCUGUUUGAUAGCUCGCCAAUUUCUGGAUCCCGCCAAAGGUUAUGCCAACUAUGAGUACGAUAUGUAUGUACCAAUCUUCACGCUGCUGGAGUUCUUUUUCUACAUGGGUUGGUUGAAGGUUGCAGAACAGUUAAUCAACCCUUUUGGGGAAGAUGACGAUGACUAUGAUAUCAACUGGCUCUUGGAUAGGCAUUGGGCAGUGGCCGUCACGCUCAUCGAUGAGAUGUGUGGCGAUUUCCCGCCAUUAAUCAAAGACCCUACGUUCGAUGAAGGAGUCACAGACUUGCCCUAUACAAAUGCUUCUUUGGGAUCCAAAAAGCCAAUGUUCUUGGGCUCAACAUACAAUUUAACGUCCCCUACUCUCCAGGACCAGCGAAUCGUCCAUCCCGACGAAAUGGUGGACUACAACGAAAACCGAUCUGUAUUCAAUCACACGGGCAACAGCUUCGCGGGGUCCAUGCUCAGUCUAAUAACAGGAAGAGCGUCCUACUCUCAAUCUAAUCACGGUGAUCAGCUGAGCGUGCCCUCUGAGCGGUACACUACCCAGCUCAACCAACACAUGGACCACCUCCAUUACCCCGGUCAGACGGCCGGUCAGACCAAGACACGCAACCAUUCAGUGAUAGGAACGGUUAAACCAAAGAGGAAGAUUUCGUUCGAGGUGACAGCUGACGCGCGGCUGGGUUCAGCGUGGGCGUCGGACACCCGUCUUGACACUGUUAACCAGGAUUGGGAGGCAAGAUCACGUGCCAACACGACCGGAAACGAACCGCCAGACAUCCCUGUAGAGAAGAACGCCAGGAAACGGAAGAGAAGCUUCCCACUGAGCUUCCUGUUUAGGUUAGCGGAUUCCAGAAAAAAUUCCUCUGGAUCCCUUGGUUCUGCAAAAACGGUUAAAUCACGUGACGGUAACGAAGGCGAACACGAUGCGACGCCUGAGUAUGUCCCUCUACGAAGGGCAACAACCACAGGUCCAAUGAUAAGGACGGCUGGAGACAGGCUGGACAAGAGGAGAAAGAAGAGUGCGCCAUUGUCGUUAUUUAGGAGUCAAUAUGACAACGAUAUUGUGGAAAACAAGUCCACGGAUUCACUUCCUUCCAAACUAGACAGUCCAGCUUCCAGACACAAAGCCACGAGAUUACGUAGGAGAAUGUCUUUGGACAGCAAAUUGUUUACGAUUGAACAAGUUCCAGACGACAUCCCCUUAGACGAGGAGUUAACCUUGAUCCAUCAUAGGAAUGCCCAAAAAAUCAAGGAAUCGAUGAGCGGAAAGAAUAUUUCCCGCGCACCUAACUUAUCCGCUAUUGAGGAGGGUGGAACUAUCACCAGCAUCACGCAGAUUUUACCGGAAGAUGAUACGCCUCCGACUCCAGAUGUUAUAGUGGAAGUUCCAGAGGAGGGUGUGUUCAGUGAGGGUGAUGAGGAGACAUCAGAGGAGAAGGAGCACACUGGGAGAGAUGAGGAAAGCAGACCACUUCUGGAUAGACCUAUUCCAACCAUAGUGAUCGAGGAAUGGUGACUUUAGUGCAAUAUAUAUUUAUUUUUAUAACUUCAUAUACACGAUUCUGCAACAACCACGGUUUGUCCAGCUUGAUGGUGAUUUCAAGGAUCACAAUUCCCCAUAUUAUAUGAUCCGUCUGAAAUUAGGAACCUUUAAUUAUUGAUUACUUUGUUGAAUCAUUUGGUGUUCAGAGGAAGUUACACACAUAUGGAGGAAGUAUUUUGUUCCUCACUGCUGAAUAAAUUUACACUAGUUUUUAUGAAAAGAUAAACACUUAUGUUCUGUGUUCUUUUAUCUACAAUGGAUUCAUUUCUACUAAAUGGAGUUCUAGCUUUCUGAUUGCUGUGUGUCUGCUACUUAGUGUUAUG